GACGCAUGAGCUGGAGAUUCCAGCCAUCACCACCAUGUUCAACGUCACCGACCUGCUGCCGUUCACCGCCUACAGCUUCCGAGUGUUCUCCGUCAACAGGGUGGGCAGGAGCGAGCCCAGCGAGCCCUCAUACCCCAUGGUCACGCACCGAGAACAUCCCAGUGGCAAGCCCACGGUCAUCCAGACCCUGAGCCCGGGGCCCGACGCCAUAGAGGUGGUCUGGAGGCCGCCCGAUGCCUCCACCAUGAACGGCGAGUUCAUCGGUCACGUGAUCUCGUACCGACCACGUGACCCCGACUGCCGAAUGGAGCAAGAUCGACCUGUCGGGCAACGCUAA